AUGGAGACCUCAACAUCUAAGAACACUGAAGGCCCUAGCACACCAGCUGCUGAACCCAGUUCUGAUCCUGACAAAACCCCCACAUCACUGAGGAAGUGCACCAGACGUAUUACCCUUUAUGGUGGGCCAAGAGCGAGUUCUUUGUUAAAACUUCCCGAGACUCAAUCAUUACAUCAUGAGUACAGUUCACUGGCUUGCACAGUUGAUAUUGUGGAUGAUGUGGAGGCUGCUAUUGGCCACAUACACCAGUAUGGAAGUUCUCACACCAAUGCCAUUGUCACUGAUGAUCUUGAAGUUGCUGAAACGUUUUUGCACAGAGUGGACAUCGCUGCAGUAUUUCAUAGCAAAUGCACACGGUUUUGUGAUGGAGCACGAUUUGGACUUGGUGCUGAGGUUGGAGUAACAAGCAUGAUUCAUGCCUGAGGUCCGGUUGGAGUUGAAGGAUUGUUAACAACUCGAUGGUAUUGUUUUAAAUGAAAUGAACUGAGUUGAUUAUUCUGUAAGUUUUAACAGGCUGGAAUAAGUACAAGCAUGAUCCAUUGCUUUUGGUUACUGCAAAAUAACAACGGACAUUACCAGCUCUUUAAAUAAUGUCAUCAGAC